GAGAAAAAUGGAACCUGUCCUGUUGUAAAUAGCGAUUACUUUGGAUUGUGCGUCGAAGCAUGUAAUGGCGAUGCCACGUGCGGAGGGAGUGAGAAGUGUUGUUCCAACGGCUGCGGACAUACAUGCAUGGAACCACUACCAGGUACCUUGAAUCCCUUGUGUGCAGAGGUUAUGUGUGAGAUGUUUUGUGAACACGGUUUCGAACAAGACGACAAUGGGUGUGACAUGUGUACUUGCAAAGCGAAUCCCUUGUGUGCAGAAGUUAUGUGCAUGAUGUUUUGUGAGCACGGUUUCGAGCAGGACGAGAAUGGGUGUGAUACAUGUAUUUGCAAAGCGAACCCUUUAUGUUCAGAAGUUAUGUGUGAGAUAUUUUGUGAGCAUGGUUUCGAACAAGACGAUAAUGGGUGCGAUAUGUGUGUUUGCAAAGCGAACCCUUUGUGUCCAGAAGUUAUGUGCAUGAUGUUUUGUGAGCACGGUUACGAAAAGGACGACAACGGGUGCGACACGUGUGUUUGCAAAGUGAAUCCCUUGUGUUCACAAUUUAUAUGCGAUAUCUUUUGUGAACACGGUUACGAACAGGACGAUAACAGGUGUGAUUUAUGUGAAUGCAAAGAAAUCAAAAAUGGUCAAUGUCCGGACCAAGAAAUGCAUAUUACCAAUGGGACACUUGGAGCAUGCGCAGACAUGUGCACUUCUGACAACACUUGUCCUAGUUUCAAGAAGUGUUGUUUCAGUGGAUGUGGUCACGUGUGUGUCGAGCCAAAAUCAGUUGAAAAAAUUGGAAUCUGUCCUGUUGUAAAUAACGGCUCAUUUGGCUUGUGCGUCGAGGCAUGUAAUGGCGACGCCACGUGCGGAGGGAGUGAGAAGUGUUGUUCCAACGGCUGCGGACGUACAUGCAUGGAACCAACCAACCCCUUGUGUCCAGAGGUUAUGUGCAUGAUGUACUGUGAGCACGGUUUCGAACAGGACGAGAAUGGGUGCGAUAUGUGUGUUUGCAAAGCCAACCCUUUGUGUCCAGAGGUUAUGUGCAUGAUGUACUGUGAGCACGGUUUCGAACAGGACGAGAAUGGGUGCGAUAUGUGUGUUUGCAAAGCCAACCCCUUGUGUCCAGAGGUUAUGUGCAUGAUGUACUGUGAGCACGGUUUCGAACAGGACGAGAAUGGGUGCGAUAUGUGUGUUUGCAAAGUUGAAAAAAUUGGAAUCUGUCCUGUUGUAAAUAACGGCUCAUUUGGCUUGUGCGUCGAGACAUGUAAUGGCGACGCCACGUGCGGAGGGAGUGAGAAGUGUUGUUCUAACGGCUGCGGACGUACAUGCAUGGAACCAGAAAACCCACUGUGCCCAGAAGUGUUGUGCAUUAUAACUUGUGAGCACGGUUACGAACAAGACGGCAAUGGGUGCGAUACCUGUGUUUGCAAAGCGAACCCCUUGUGUCCAGAGUUUAUGUGCAUGAUGUACUGUGAGCAUGGUUUCGAACAGGACGAGAAUGGGUGCGACACCUGUGUUUGCAAAGCCAACCCCUUGUGUCCAGAGUUUAUGUGCAUGAUGUACUGUGAGCAUGGUUUCGAACAGGACGAGAAUGGGUGCGACACCUGUGUUUGCAAAGCCAACCCCAUGUGUCCAGAGGUUAUGUGCAUGAUGUACUGUGAGCAUGGUUUCGAAAAGGACGAGAAUGGGUGCGACACCUGUGUUUGCAAAGCGAACCCCUUGUGUCCAGAGGUUAUGUGCAUGAUGUACUGUGAGCACGGUUUCGAACAGGACGAGAAUGGAUGCGAUAUGUGUGUUUGCAAAGCCAACCCAUUGUGUCUAGCUAUUAGGUGUAUGAUCUUUUGUGAGCACGGUUACGAACUGGACGAUAAUGGGUGCGAUACGUGUGUUUGCAAAGCCAACCCCUUGUGUGCAGAGGUUAUGUGCAUGAUGUACUGUGAGCAUGGUUUCGAACAGGACGAGAAUGGGUGCGACACCUGUGUUUGCAAAGCGAACCCCUUGUGUCCAGAGUUUAUGUGCAUGAUGUACUGUGAGCAUGGUUUCGAACAGGACGAGAAUGGAUGCGACAUGUGUGUUUGCAAAGCCAACCCAUUGUGUCUAGCUAUUAGGUGUAUGAUCUUUUGUGAGCACGGUUACGAACUGGACGAUAAUGGGUGCGAUACGUGUAUUUGCAAAGUUCCAAAAGAUGGUCUCUGUCCAGUAUCUAGACAAGAUGACGACAUCAUCGGAAUAUGUUCUGAUAUGUGUGAAAGCGACUAUAGCUGCACAGGUUCUAUGAAAUGUUGCUCUAAUGGUUGUGGACAUGUCUGUAUGGAGCCUCUUACCGAAGAGGUGCAUUCUGGAGAAUGUCCCACCACGUCACCCGACCUGGUUGGAAUAUGUACUGAAUCCUGUACGAACGACGGAGACUGUUCGACGAAUGAAAAAUGUUGCUCAAACGGCUGCGGACACACAUGUAUGGCAGUGAAAGAGGAGGAAACUGCUUCACCCCCAACUAAGUGUUCGCAAUUGAUGUGUAGGAUGUUCUGUCCACUUGGCUUCAAGAAAGAUGAAAAUGGCUGUACAAUGUGCGAGUGCUUAGAGCUGAAUGCCGGUUCGUGUCCGAUUGUUCUUAUAUCCGACGCCAUAUUAGGCACAUGCAGUGAUGAGUGUUCCACAGAUAGUGAUUGUGGGCUAUUCAAAAAAUGCUGCAGUAAUGGUUGUGGACAUUCAUGCCAAUAUCCGAUUGAUUUGCCAACAAAUCCUGGAAAAUGCCCAGCCGUGCAUAUUAGUGAAAGGAAAUUCUGUAUUGAUUAUGUUGACAUUUGUGUGAAUGAUGGUGACUGUGGGUCCGUAGAUAAAUGUUGCUAUGGUCCUUGUGGUCGAAUGUGUAGAGCACCAUCUAAUGAAAUAUCGGACGAAUUAUUAGCCAAUGACAAUGGAUCUGGUGUCAUCGCAGCAUCUUUCGUUACUAUUUGUCUUAUAGUGUUAAGUUCAUUUAUUGCUGUGUAAACCAAAAUAAAGAUGCAGCUUCCUCUAAAAAUAACCUAUGACACUUACAACGAUGUGACAACAGAAUUAAAAGAAUAUUUUUAUAGAACGUGUGGAUAGAUUAUUCGAAAAUAACGAAUAUUUUAGAUUGAAAUAACCGUACAUGAUGGAUUGUAUAUUUUAUACUGUUAAGAGAUAUAGUUUUAAUGAUUUUCUCUAAAUAAUUAUGUUUACAGAAUUAUCAAUACAUACUGGGAAUAAUUAAAGGUUUUAAUAUCAG